CUUCAGGUCAUCCCCCAUCCCCCUAUGUAUAUUCAUCAAUACAGGGUAUAUAUAUUGAUCUCUGUUCUCGAUCCCUUUUCGCGCUCGAUACGUCCCGCGGCGGCGCCACGUCGAGCGCUGACGACGCAUCGCGCGGGGGCACAUGGCGCGGGUGUCGCAUCAGCACGUUACGCGGACCGCCCGCGCAGGCAGGUUACACGCAGGGCGCGUCGCGACUGCUCUGCCCUAAGUACGGCUGCAUGGUUUUGAUGAGCCCAGUGCCACGUUCAACGAUGGCCACAAUUCCCUGAAACUCUGAUGUCAUUUCAGAGAUCUUCGAACAACAGUGGUGCCCGUGCGCCAUGGUAAGGGUAAUCUUCAUGGCUUUCAACGUUCUAGCAUGGGCCAUAGAAAUGGGUAUUGGUGGGCGUAAUAUUGUUUUUGACAACUCUUACAAUGCGCACAAUGCGUCCGCCGUCGCCGACGCCGUCGACGAGGGCGCAUCAGAGCCCGCCAUCACGACUUUGAUGUCCCCGAGAGGCAGUUGGGGGUGCCUCAAUGCCGGCGAUCACCGGAAAAGCUCUGCCGUAAUGCCGCCGCAGCUGUCCAGUCCCUGUUGCAAUACAGGAACAAUGUCGACAAGGUCAACUGGGAUGUUCGAUCGAAUUGUGGGCGCUACCGCCCAACCGGCUACCAAUGUACGUGAUACAGCGCAGUGAUUGGACACGUACCCAAGCUGAUCACCUUCUACCCCCGUCAUGAGAGCCUCUGAAGCGGACUUGCUGGAACACCGUCGGGCAGUACAUGACCGAGCGCGGCG